AAAAACCUCUUUUAAGUUCUUCCUUUUUGUCAACAAUGGCGUCAAGUGAUAAGAAUCAACAGUUUCCUCCACAAAAACAAGACAAACAACCUGGUCUUGAACAUCUCAUGAAUCCUCGUCCAUCCUCCCAUGGAAAUUACAAGCCUGCCAACAAACUCCAAGGAAAGGUGGCUUUAGUAACCGGAGGAGAUUCCGGCAUCGGUCGAGCUGUCGCGUAUUGUUUUUCCAUGGAAGGCGCAACCGUAGCAAUAACAUAUGUAAAAGAUCAAGAAGAAAAAGACGCCCAAGAAACCCUAAAAACAAUCAAACAACUCAAAACCCCUGACGCAAAAGAUCCAAUAGCAAUCCCAACCGAUCUCGGCUACGACGAAAACUGCAAGAAAGUAGUCGAACAAGUCACAAACGCCUUUGGUCGCAUAGAUAUCCUCGUAAACAAUGCGGCCGAACAGUACAAAACAGCCUCGGUCGAAGACAUAGACGAGGAAAGACUCGAUCGUGUUUUCAAAACGAAUAUACAUUCGUAUUUCCUACUAACAAGACAUGCAUUGAAACAUAUGAAGGAAGGUAGCGCUAUAAUUAACACGACUUCGAUCAAUGCGUAUAAAGGGAACGCGAAACUAUUGGAUUAUACUGCGACGAAAGGAGCGAUUGUGGCGUUUACUAGGGGAUUGGCACUUGAGUUGGUGAGUAAAGGAAUUAGGGUUAAUGGUGUUGCGCCUGGACCGAUAUGGACUCCUUUGAUUCCGGCUUCAUUUGAUGAUGAGGAAAUUGUUGAGUUUGGUUUGCAAGUUCCUAUGAAGAGAGCUGGUCAACCUGAUGAAGUUGCUCCUUCUUAUGUUUUUCUUGCUAGUAAUGCUGAUUCUUCUUAUUUUACUGGGCAAGUUCUGCAUCCAAAUGGUGGGGUGAUAGUGAAUGGUUGAAGAAUGAUGGAAGGU